CACCAUCUCCCAAGACGACAUCCACGGAUUGCUCAACAUUCGUUUAACUUUAAACAUGAGAAACAAUGCCACUUUCCCAGCUACUGAAGACGGAUUUGCCGAAGCCCUCCGCCAACAACAAACUGAGUUUCACUCAAUCCCCAUUCAUCCGUCCGCUCUCAGAAUCCUUCUGGCAGAGGGACCCGCUUUUGCGGCAAAUAUGUACUACAAGAAUUCCAACAGCGUCUUUAACCACCUAUUCGGGACACCUCCAGACAGUGAGGGCAAAAAGAAGACUGUACCCCUUGCCCAUCGCAAAGCGGGCAUUUUUGGAACACCGAUUGCCGCUUUCGGAUGCACAGAAGAGCAGAGCCGUGGAUCACUCCACAUGCACAGCCUCUUUUGGGGAGGACUCACUCCGAUGAUGCUGCAAGCAGUUGGGGGAAUUCCAAUUCUAGCAAGACACAUCGCCAGCGCCAUCAAUCGUACCGUCAUGGCUCAACUUCAACCGGAGAUUCACGUCCGUCAUCUCCUGCGUGAUUUCCACAACGAAUCUCCGGCUCACGCAGCCCUAUUCAAAUGCAACAACCCCGUCACCGAAAAGAGGAAAUUCAUCCAAGAUUUCCAACGCACCGUGGACUUGAGCAACGUGCACGUUCACGGUCCGUCGUGCUACCACACCAGAACGGGUGAAGUGUGUUGCCGAUUCGGCAAGCCAACGCACUUGAGAGAGGAAACGGGCGUCGAACAAAUCGUGGCAAUCAAAGCCGACCCCAAGAAGCCAGACAUUUCUUUCGAGGUCUUGCCCGCCAUUCAACCACCAGCCGAAGCCACCACCACCAAGCGAAAUUAUUCCAACAUUCCAGUAGCAAUACGUGACAACCGAAUGAUCAUGUAUUACUUAAAACGACCCGCCAUCGCGCCCAUCGCUUCGGAUUCCACGCCACUCACCGAUCCACCAACCGCCACACUAACACUUCCUGCAGACCUACAACAGCAGUUCGACACCCUGACCACGGAACAGCAAGAAAAAGUCAAUCGAGCUCUGAUCGCGAGGAACGGACUGGUGGUAGAUUACAGUCCCGUUCAAUCAGCGGUCGUUGGAUGCAACACCAACGCCAGUCUACUUGGAAGCGACGCUCAAACCAAAGCCGCCCUCUGCUACGUUUUGAAAUACGUCACUAAACCACCGGCCGAAUUAGCUCACACGCUGUCCCUUCUCCACCACGCACGACGAACCAUCGAACUCCAUCCCUCCAGAGCGACAGAUACCGGAACCGUCAUUCGCACAGGGAUGCACUAUCUCAACCGAAUCGUCAAUCAACUAAGUGGAGCCAUCGAAAUAUCGGCUCCGAUGGCAGCUGUAGCCAUUCAAGGAAUGCCAGCCGAAUUGUGCUCCGACACUUUCUGGGUGGCUUACGUCACAGCCGCCAUAGCAUACGCUAAACACCAUCGCGAGACCUCGCCCACUAGCACGGGAGACAACCUCGACGAAUUCGACGAUGUAGACACCAACGAUUCUGACAUGGAAGAAGAGAACGACGAAACCAACAGCGACGAAGACAUCAUCAGCGAUGACGAAGAAAGCAACACCAACAUCGAAGACAUCAACGAUUUGAAUCAUCAUUCUGAUCACGAAGAAACAGUGGUGAUUCACAACGUGAAUGCCGAUCUCACGCAGGAUGAGUUUUUCAACAAAACCGAACCAUUGGUCCUCUCCCCCGAAGACAAAACCAGACUCGCGACUCAAUCGGACGAAAACAUCGUCUCUACAGCAAAUAUCUACGUCAGCGACAAGAAAAUAGUAGCCGUUCCUCAACAUAUACACUACGCCUACCGAGGUGGCGAAUUGCAUUUGUUGAGUCUAUACGAGUACGUGGCUCUCAUUGACGUCAUUCCAAAACACUGGAAAAAGCAACCAAUGGAUCAAAACAGCGAGGAACCGGACACAGCAAGAGGGCGAGUAGCGAAUAAGACGUUCGAAUUCCUCAUAGGCCAUCCCCUUCACGGGACUCACGUCCAAAGGAUCCGAUCGAAAACAAAAAUUCCUGUUUUAGUAGGAUCACCACCAGCUCCACCAACAGCAAAACCCAGACAACGCACCGCCGCGUGGACGUCCCAAGCACGAAAAUUCGCCGAUUAUAUCCUAACGCUGUACCGCCCUUGGCAAGUUGAAACCGCUGAUAAAAGUACAUUACCAGGACCAACAUUAUGGAACGAUCUGUGCCAGUACAUGCACACCCUAGAACACGGACACAAUCAAGAGGGUCCAUCGUUCCUAAAUCGCAUUCGUUCCAAAUGGAUCACCAACGCAGCCCACGGACUUCGCAUUUCCGGCGAAGAUAGAACAGCGGCCAGCAAGCAUCGUUGCCAGUGCGCCAAGCAAUGGAACAAAAAAGACGGAAGCGAGUCUCUACGAUCGACGCUCGAACCUCCAGAAGGAUCGACACUUCUUUCAAACGACAUUCGAAUCCAAGAAACCAUGGCGGCAACGGCGGCUCAAGAAAACAUCAACAUCUUGCGCGAGAGAGCUUCGGCCGACGACCUGUUGGAGAGAGCCAAUCACUCACACUUGGAAUACUACCAAGCCACCGCGUUGGCUCUGCGACGCCUCUUCCAGCCGCAAGAACAUCAGCGAGCGACGCCGCAAACACCCACCUCGGCCAAUCACAUGCUGCGAUCGGACAACGACGACAGCAACCUCCACGGUAUUUUAGCCCGAUUGCGAGCCGACAUCAUUCACCCACCAUCUACCGACGGAAAUGACGACACCGUCGUUCCCGGACUUUGGACCACCAACCAACACCUCCCUCAAGGUACCCGACUGUCCGACAAACUCAAUGUUUCUCAAAAAGCCAUAUGGAAUCUGGCCAACGCUUACUUCGAGGAAUUCCGGCGCUUCAAAGAUGGACAAGGGCCGAAACCGAAACCCUUCCAUCUACUCGUGCACGGAGGACCCGGCACUGGAAAGUCAUUCCUUGCCGAGUGCAUUCAAGAAGCAGCUGCAGCGCUGCAGUUCACGAUGGCCUGCGUCGCUCCCACUGGCAUCGCGGCCAGCAAUCUACCAAAUGGAAGAACGAUGCAUAACUUCGCUUCGAUUCCAAUUUUUCACGACAGUCGGAGCUUUCUGCCGAAACUGAACGCCAUGAAAUUGGCCAACAUUCAAGAGCGAGCGCAACAUGAAACAAUGGUGUGCAAAAUCAUCGACGAGAUUUCCUUCGUCGGACCAGAACUCUUCGCCCAAGAUGACUGUCGCAUGCAACAAAUGAUGGGCGACAACCAUCCUUUCGGCGGCGUAGCCAUGAUCAUCAUGGGAGAUUUUAACCAGCUACCACCAGUAGCACCAGCCGAAUCGUUGUACGCCGCCCUUCUAAAGUACGUCAGCACUCAAGCUCCCACAAAUCCUCACACUGCAUCGACCGGGCCAAGCACGCGAGGCGCUCAAUUGUUCAGCCAAUUCCGCAAAAUUGAAUUGACUCAACAAAUGCGAGCGCAAAACGAUCAAGAACACAUCGAGUUUCUCAAAAAACUCAGAUCCGCAUCCAGCGAUCCUAAAACAAGAUCGAUGGACACCAUCAAUCAUUUGAAAGUCAUUACCAGAAAUGAUAUUGCGCAAGACCCAACUUGGAUGAAGGCCCCUAUCGUGGUAACCAGCAACGAAGAGCGCUACCGCAUCAACGAACACCAAUUGCUGAUGCUGGCACAACAGCAAAAUUGUCCAAGACUCGUCUGGUUUCAACCCAUCAUCGGCAUCGUUGCCAACGGCUUGAACCAGACUCAAACGAACUACCUCUACGCCACGUCACCACAGUUCAAAGGUAUCUUUGUGACCGGCGCUCCUGGUUUCCUGAUGUCCAACAUUAACCCCAGGAGAGGACUUACCAACGGGACUCCGGUCACCUUUCACUCCUUAGUGCUCGAUCCCAGAGAAGAUCGCCAACGACUCGUGGCCGCCAUCACCGAAGGUAACAACGACGACGUCAUUCUACAAUACAAUCCCACGCAGGUCUUGGUCAAAAUCACCCACGCCGAUCCCAACGACUUCAUCGGUCUCACCGCAGUAGAAGGAGAAGCCGUCAUCCCUCUGUCGCAAACACACACCAGCAAACCAUUCGCUAUCACCGUCCUGGGGAAACUCAACAAAAUCAAACUGCAAACAAUUUCACACGGCGUUGACUGGGGAUUUUCCGUCACUCUCCAUAAGAUACAAGGCCAAACCUGCUCCAAAUUAAUCGUCGACCUCAAUCAUAGACCCUUCAUGCCGCAAAUCACUUUCCCAGGAUUCUACGUGGCUGUCUCUCGCGUUCGACGAGCUCAAGAUCUCCGCAUCAUGCCUCUUCAACCCAGUAGCUACAAUUUAAAGUUCCUCAACGGGCUACAACCAUCCAAAAAACUCAUCACUUGGAUGAAAGGUUACAAUGCGCACGGAGAUUGGGAUGCCAGACUCAUCCCAUCUGAAUUGCUCGACACGCCGCUGACUACUAAACGCAAAAAAAAGGAUACACCAACAACAAAACCUCCCUCAAAAAGCACCAAAACUAAAAAGGCGCCAGCACCACCGAAAAAAAUGAAAACGCACGACACAAUCAACGUAGGCGCCUCUACUUCCAGUCAACCAACAGCCCCAUUACCGCACACUUCUACCUCGUCUUCAAUUGAAAUGGAAUUUCCUACCCUGAGAUGUGAAACAAUUUCAGAAAUCAACGAAGACAAUACUUCCCUUUCUCAAGUCAUCAUCACUAGACCUAUUGCACGCAGCGAAUCGUCUACAACUUCAUCAUCAUCGUCACUUUACAGUACAUUCAACAUCAGACAUCUGUCUUCAGUAGAAUGUCUAUUUCUCUUUAUGUUCAUUCUAUGUAUUCUGAGUAUCAUUGGAAUGGUAAUCUACUUCAACUAAUAAAAUACUGUACUGUACCCAUUCAAAACUCAUAUUAAUAACGCUCACUACUGUAUGCAUUAACAAGUUUUCGUCACAUAAAAUAAAUCAAUAAACCAUUUGAAAAACAUCACCAUGUACGAAACAUUCAUUGAACCCGAAUGUCAUCUUAUAAAAUAUAAACUUUUUCAUCAAUCAGAUAAAAUGAAAAAAGAAAAUGCUUCAACUCCAUUUUUCAUUCCACGUCCAUGACCUGAUAACUGAAAGAAUUCUGUCAACGAAUUCACUGAAGUGACUAAAUACAAACAUAUUUUUUUAAAAUGAGGAAUGUACAUUGACAAUGUAACAUACAGCAACUCUCCUUAUUCCAAU